CGAUACCAUUGGCAGCAGACCUGUUCCCACCAUCCACCUUCAAUAUUUAUAGAUGCUUCCUUGGCCUUGGUAGACUAAGUUCUCCUGUUCUCAUCGAUCCGCCGUACCCCCGCUUCAUCCAUAUCUCAAUCGACUCGCUCUUCUCGAGGCUCAUUCCCUUCAUCCCAUCCCAUCUCAAUCCACUCGCUCCAUUUCUGCUGCGAGACUGACUUUUCCUCGCUGAUCCCAUCACAUCCAUUGCAUCCAAGACCAUAUCGUAUCCUCAUAUCAUAGACGUACCGCAAGCAUGACUCUCUCGAUUUCUCCACGCAACCAAGACGACGGCCUCGCCCGCUCUCUUGAGGCCUCUUCCUCAACGUCCAUGUCCCCCCCGGGCCUCGGCACGAAUGUAAUGGCCAUGCUCGGUCAAUUCCAAAAGGAGCGUCAGAAGCAAGAAGCCAAGUUCGCAAAGCUACAAGCUAAGAGUCGAGCGCAGGAAAGAGCUCGGCUGGCUGCUCAGCGCAAGCAAGAUAAGCAAGACGCUGAUGACGCUGAGGCUGAGGCCAAGGUGCUGGCAAAGGCCCAGGCUGAAGCUGAGGAGCAGGAGCGCGAGGAGGAGGAGAGCCUGGCCGAGGCCGAGGCGUGGGCUGAUAUAGAGCGUCUGGCACGUAUUGAUGCCGGUAUCGAAGACCCCUUCACAGAGACCAUGUCCCUCGCCAGCAGCGGCACAGGCGAAGGUGCCGAUGGCGAAGAGGAUGAGGAAGACGAUGUCAUCGACGUCGACGAGUGGCGCCAGUUGGUGCAGGAGGACUUUGGCCAGUCUCAAUUUUGGUACUCGUCCGCAUUUGCCUACACACUAGCCAGGCAUAUCCACUCGCAUCUCCGUACACUCGACGUAGACCACACGCCCCGCAUCGCCUUCCUCUGCUCCCCUACGGCCUUUGUCGCUUUCCAGCACCUGUACGGCGGCAACAAGCCCGGUCGUGACUUCAAGGCAGGCGAGAACAUGUGGAUGAUGGAGAUCGACGAGCGCUUCAAGGUCGUCGCUGGCGACGGCUUCGCGAAGUACGACUACAACUUUCCCACCAAGGGACUGGCGAAUCUCCAGGGCAAGAUCGACAUGGUCGUCAUCGACCCACCCUACCUGAACAGGCCUACAACGGACUGCAUUGCCAAGACCGUGGCGCACCUCCUCUCUCCGCCCUCUGAGCGCCUGCCCAGAGGCGGAUCCAUCCUUCUGAUCACAGGCGAGACAAUCGGCGCCUAUGCCUGUCAGACCUACCCACUGCAAGGCCAGCCCGAGCUACGAAAGACGAUGCUCGAGGUGGAGCACCAGGGGGGAAGGUUGAGCAACGAAUUCUCCGCAUGGGCCUCUUGGGAGGGGGCGGAGAAGUUUGGAAUUGGCGAUGGAGAGGGAGAGGAGAUUGGGAGGUACGAGUAGAGAUCAGGAGAGGAACGAUAUCGUUAUAUACCUAUAUAUUAGAGUAGACUAGACUAGAACAGACUAGACUAUAGAACAGACCAAGGCUGCGGUCUCGCAUCGCAUGCCAACAUUGUAAUACACGCACGCACGCUUGCAAUCCCAUAUGUAUCAUUCUCGU